GUAACCAAUCAGACGACAUGUAAGAUGAAAAGAAGGUGUACAUUGAGAAUGCGGGACUCGACUUCACAUCACAUUACAUGCGUUAUAUGGUCUGAAAAUUCCAGAUUGCGAACAACUUUAUUUCGUCAUUUUAGGAUGAAAAUGUGACCAACAGUGACCAAACCUAAUCAAAAUGUGAAAGUAACUUUCCCCCGAAGUUAAGUGCGUAAAUAAUCGAUAACCCCCAAUAUGAAUUCACCCAAAGACGUCAAAGGAGAUGUCCCCUCCAAUCAAAACCAGAUCAAGACGCCGCCUCCGGUUAUUGCCGUUGGUGAUCCCAUGAUGCCUCAAAUGCAGUCACCAGUGACAUCUCCCAGCAAAAAGGCAACGGUAGUACAACAGCAGCAACAGCAGUUGAUCCGCAUCCAACCGCAGCAACCUGGCGGCCAUCAGGUGCUGCAGCAGAAUGUUGUCCGCAUCUCGCCGCUGACCCAGCCCGCAACCCAGCACCCACAGACCAUCGUGGUGAUUGGGGGAAGUCCCCAGAGGCUUCAGGCACAACCAAACGCUGCAAUUGUACAGGCGGUACAGCCUACCAGCUCGACCACAUCCGAUGCUAAACAAAUACAGGAGCACGGUUACGCAGUGAACGUGGUGAAGACGCCGCUCACGCAUCACGACUACGCAUUGCCGAAACCUCACACUGCAGCAUCUGAAAAGCCACCAGUUUCAUUAGAUUCAGCUCCAGCGAGCAUUCAGCUGGUUCAACAGCCUGCGCAGCAAACCCAGAUGCUGGUCACCCAACCGACUGCUGUGCCUCAGCUUCAGCAGCCAGGAGCUGUGCAGCUCAUCAGACAAGCCCAGCCGACAGCAGCAGUGCAACAGCUUAAGCCCCUCACCGCUACACUCCAAGGUGGACAGUUGAUCAUCAAUCAGCAACAGCUCAUACAAGGUAGUCAGCCUGGACAGCCUGUCACGCUGCGCCUGCAGAUGAAAGAUAUCAGCUCUUUGCAACGGAAUGUCGGCAGACUACAGCAGCCAGCACCUGCCAAGACGACCACCGUUGUUCACCAGACCCCGCCAAAACAACAAGCUGUGUCGCUGACCUCCCAACCCCAAUACAUCAUCACCAAUGUUGGUAAUAGUUCUCAGCUUCAAGGAAUGGUUGGCGCUCAACAAAUCAAGAUUGUGUCGUCUGCACAGCAAGUCCAGCAGCCACAGCAACAUGUAGUCAAGCAACUUCCAGGUGGUGGAUAUGCCUUGACAAUAGUUCCAGGAACUACAGCUGCUCAAACCAUCACAGUUCCCAGCAGCCCACAGUCAGUCCGGAUCAUUGGCUCAACCCAAUCUGUGCCAAGUCUGUCCACAGCUGGUGGUGUAGCAGUGACUAACACUGCAACAGUCCCUGCAUCCUCUAAUGUAGGACUGUCCAUUGCUCCAACAUGCACGAUAACCAAAACGAUUACCAUCCCUGGAAUCCCGGCUGGUCAGCAGAUAGUUCACCCUGCUGUUCCAAAGCAGUCAUUAGGUGUGUCCGUGCUCUCCCAGUCAUCAGUUGCAGGAACUACAAAGCUGAUUACUAAUCCCUCCAUACCUCAGAAUACACAGGCCAUCACCAGUCACGCUGUUACAAAAACUGUCACCAUCCCUGCAAACUUCCAAACCGUUCGCGCAGUUGCUGCAUCACAGUCUACCACACAGACGGUCACUGCUGCCUCAAGCCUGAAGACUAUCUGUACUGCCGUACCAAAUCAAACCGUCGCUAAAACCACCAGUAUUUCGUCUGCGCAGCAGAUAAUUAGCAUCAACGCCCCAGUCCAAUCGACAUCCCCACAAGUUGCCGUCCCUGCUUCCUCACAAACCACAAGCACAGUUCAGGCAACCAUAACAUCAUCCCAACCAACUUUCACCAUCACAAGUAUGGGAAACAUUACCAUCCAGAGCCCCAGCUCCUCAACCGCUAAAACAGUUGUCACUGCGUCGGCGGCGCUUCAGAAAGCUGCUGCUGCAAGUAUUGCCGUGUCUACUGCACAAAACCAAACAGGUGCCACAGCAAAGGCUAGCACGUCACAAGCGAAAAAGCUUCCCAUUAUCAUCCGGAGCACAACCACCACCCAAGCUACCAAAACCGUCAGGCUAACCAAAGCCAAGGCGGCUGCUCAACAGACAACAAAAACCUCGGCCAUCAAACCAAUCCAGAUACCUGGACAAGCGGUCGGUCAACAGUCCGGUCAGAUCUUAAUCAUGGUGAACCCUGGAAGCAACGCAUUGGAAGAGGUCAAGAAGAUUGCACAAGAGGUCACACAGCUCAAAGGCCAACCUAGGUCGGCAGAAAACUUGAAGAAAUUCAAAGAGCUGCAAGCACGUGUACGGGAGCUACAGAACUCAGUGCACACUGUCAGAACAAAGAACAAUGCCACAGGAAUUCCAAUACAACCCUUGGUGUUGACCAGCUCGGGCCAGCAAAGCGGCACCCAGAAGGGCUCCUCUGCAUCCUCCCAGUCGGACACAAACAGCGGGGAGCCGGCUGCCGGCAACAGCGGCAGGCGGGAAGGCAAGAAGCACAAACUCCAAGAGAAAGCCAACCGCAUCGUCGCAGAAGCCGUGGCGCGAGCCAAGGCCUCGGGGCUCCAGAACAUCCCCAAGAUAAUGGCCGAUGUCUCCCUGCCGGAGGUCAACUUGGACAAGGAGAAGAAGGCCAAAGAGAAGAAGAAAGCCAAGCCCAAGGAACCCAAGCCCAGGAGACCGCCCAAGCAACCCAAGGAGAAGCAGCCGCCCAAACCCAAAGCUGCUAAGAAGAGGGCACGGCCCAAGAAAAUACCACCAAAGAAGAUGCCCGCUGCAGCACUGGUGAGACUCAAGAACAAGAGGAAGCAUAUGAAUGACUCGUCAUCUUCAGGCUCGGAGGCAGAGGACGCCCUACUGGCGAAAGCUUUGCCAGAUAACGACCUUUUGGAGAAACGGCGAUCCAGUCGAAACACCAAGCGUAAACGGUACGACGUGGCGUACGAAUUCAACAUCACGGACGAAGACAGCAGUGACAGUGACAAGAAGGAAUCGGACAGCAACAUGGAGGUGGACGUAGUGACCGUGGCACCGGUCACCACACCAGCACAGAACGAAUCGGCCAAAUUCUUUGUGGAAAAUCCUGACGAAUCUGAAGCCAAUCUCGUGGAAAAGAUCCUUUCCUCUCGCGUCAUCAAGAAACCCCAGCUGCCUGGUGAGGCCCAGGUUGGCGAGACAGAGGAGUUCUUUGUCAAAUACAAAAACUUUUCCUACCUCCACUGUGAAUGGGCCACGUUUGACAAGCUACAGAAAGGCGAUCAACGCAUCCACCAAAAGAUAAAACGGUUCCGCGCCAAGCAACGUAUACGACCCAGCUUCUUCUCAGAGCCGGAGGACGAAAUGUUCAACCCAGACUACACCCAAGUGGACCGGAUCCUGGAUGUGGCCGUGACUGAAGACCCAGACACCAAGGAGAAGGACACCCACUACCUGGUCAAAUGGCGCGGCUUGCCUUACGAGGAGAGCACGUGGGAGCUGGAGCAAGACGUAGACGAUGACGCCGCCAAGUUCUUCAAGAUUACGCUCAAACCCCCGCCUGCCAAUGAGCGAGAGAGAUGUGAGAGAGCGGACCCAGACGACUGGACUAAAAUAGAGGAAUCCCCGGUCUACAAGGGUAACAACACGUUGAGGGAUUACCAACUGGAGGGAGUGAACUGGCUCAUGUUCAGCUGGUGCAAUGGGCAAAAUUGUAUCCUGGCUGAUGAGAUGGGCCUGGGCAAGACCAUCCAGGCAUUGGCCUUCAUACGAGAAGUACAGAAAUUUGGAAUUCAGGGCCCAUUCCUCGUCAUUGCGCCACUUUCAACCAUCGCCAACUGGCAGCGAGAAUUUGAGACUUGGACGGACAUCAAUGCCGUCGUGUACCACGGCAGCGCCCAGAGCAGACACAUGAUAGCAGAGUACGAGAUGUACUACAAAGAUAGCAAGGGCCGACGUAUUCCCAACGUCUACAAAUUCAAAGUCCUUAUCACCACCUAUGAGAUUGUCCUCGCCGAUUGCCAGGAGCUGAGUGAGAUUGAGUGGCGAGUGGUCGUGAUCGAUGAGGCUCACCGUCUCAAGAACAGGAACUGUAAACUGCUGGAAGGACUCAAGUUUCUCGAUAUGGAGCACAGAGUACUUCUGACCGGCACACCACUGCAGAACAACAUCGACGAGCUCUUCAGUUUGCUCAACUUCCUGGAGCCCGGCCGGUUCCGCUCCAUCAGCCAGUUCCUGGGUGACUUCGGGGACUUGAAGACCGAGAGUCAGGUGGAAAAACUGCAGCAGCUUUUGAAGCCGAUGAUGCUCCGUCGUUUGAAGGAAGACGUGGAGAAGAAUCUUGCCGAGAAAGAGGAGACAAUCAUUGAGGUGGAACUGACCAACAUCCAGAAGAAGUACUACCGAGCCAUCCUGGAGCGCAAUUUCAGUUUCCUGAGCAAGGGCACCAACUCCAGCACCAACCUGCCCAACCUGAUGAACACUAUGAUGGAGCUGCGCAAGUGCUGCAACCACCCGUUCCUCAUUAACGGGGCGGAGGAGCAGAUCAUGGUGGAGCUGGCCCUCCAGCCCAUGAACUUGUUGAUGACCCAGCACAUGAGGGCGCUCAUCCAGUCGGCCGGCAAGAUGGUGCUGCUGGACAAGCUCCUGCCGCGGCUGCACGAGGGGGGCCACAAGGUGCUCAUCUUCAGCCAGAUGAUACGCUGCUUGGACAUCCUGGAGGACUACCUCAUCCAGAAAAGAUACCCGUUUGAGCGAAUUGAUGGUCGUGUACGUGGUAACAUGAGGCAGGCCGCAAUCGACCGAUUCAGCAAACCAGAUUCGGAUCGCUUUGUCUUUCUCCUGUGCACGCGAGCAGGAGGCUUAGGUAUCAACCUAACGGCCGCCGAUACCUGCAUUAUCUUUGACUCCGAUUGGAAUCCACAGAAUGAUCUACAGGCUCAAGCCCGUUGCCACCGAAUCGGGCAGACCAAAUCGGUGAAGAUUUACCGGCUGAUCACCCGCAACUCCUACGAGCGGGAGAUGUUUGACAAGGCCAGCAUGAAGCUGGGCCUUGACAAGGCUGUGCUGCAGUCCAUGCGGGGGGACAACCAGUCUGCUAAUACCGCACAACAGCAGCCCUUCUCCAAGAAGGAAAUCGAGGACCUCCUCCGCAAGGGCGCCUACGGUGCCAUCAUGGACGAUGACGACGCCGCCUCCAAGUUCUGCGAGGAGGACAUCGAGAUGAUCCUGCAGCGCCGGACCCGGGUCAUGAAGAUCGAGGGGGGACAGAAGGGCUCCACCUUCGCCAAGGCCAGCUUUGCCCUGCCGGACGACCAGCAGUCGGACAUCAAGCUGGACGAUCCGGACUUCUGGGCCAAGUGGGCCAAGAGGGCGGAGCUGGACGUGGAGGCUCUCAAGAAAAAGGAGAGCCACGUUAUCAAUGAGCCUCGCAAGCGCAAGCAGACCAGGCGCUUCGGCAACAUGGACGAGAUGGUGGAGUUCACCAGCAACGAUGACGACAGCGACGACGAGACGCCCGCGGCCCCGCCCAAGAAAUCCACACAGCACAAGGGCCAUAAAGGGGCGUCGACCUCGGGCGGGCCCUCCUCGGGCGGGCCCGCGCCCGUAGUGGCAAUGAAACCUAUGAAGCCAUGUAAAAGCCAGCUGCAGUCCGGCUGGACGCGGCUGGAAUGCUUCCGGGUGGAGAAGGGACUGCUGACAUAUGGGUGGGGCCGUUGGGAGGACGUGCUGCUUACCACGCGGUUCAAGAGACCUCUGGGAGAAAAGGAUGUUGAGGCCAUCUCUAGAACAAUGCUGAUCUUUUGUCUCAAGUUCUACAAAGGCGACGAGAACAUCAAGAGUUUCAUCUGGGACCUGGUCACCCCAGCCCCGGACGGUUCAGUCAAGGAUUACAGGAACCAUAAAGGGUUGUCGGCUCCCGUCCCACGUGGCCGCAAGUCCAAGAAACCCAAGAAGGAGGAGGACGUGGUACCUGCCAUCCUGGAGUAUGACUUCAACGCCAAAGACCAGGACCCAGAGGCUCUACUGACGGACCAGGGCUACAAGAACCACCUCAAGAGACACUGCAACAAGGUGCUACUACGUGUCCGAUUGUUGUACUACCUGAAGCAGGAGGUUAUCGGAGACAUGCUGGAAAAGAUUGCAGCUGGUGCUGAUGCUAGUGAGUUACCAUUGGUCAUGGUGCAGCCUGAGGGAGAUCCACCCAUCGCUUGGUGGGACGAGGAGGCCGACAGGUCCUUACUAGUCGGCGUCUUCAAACAUGGUUAUGAGCGGUACGCAGCUAUAAGGACAGAUCCAACACUCUGCUUCCUGGCCAGGUGUGGUGCUCCGGAUAAAAGAGAGAUUGCUAGAGAAAAUGCUGACAAUGAUGAAAGUCAACUUGAUGUUGAAUCGAUGGAGACCGGUGCGGAGCUGGACCCAGGCACGGAAUUGGACAUCAAACCGGUCAUCAAGCAGCUGAAGGAAGACUAUCUAGAGGAUGGAUCUCUGUCGCCCUCAAGUACCCGGACAUCUUCUCCGGCGCCUGUGAAACCAAAGACGGAACCAGAACCUACAACAAUGCCAGUGAUUCCUGGCAAGUUGCCCUUUCCCCUUGCUCCCGACGUGAACACACGGCUAAGACGACUAGUAGCAGCCUACCAAAGAAACCACAAAAGACAGCAGCAAAAGCAAGCCAAGCGAGCAAGGCGUGAGAUGGUGAAGCAAGUACGAUUUGAGGAGCAGGUGAGACAGCGGCAGCUCAAGAAACAAGAAAAUGCUCAAAAGUGGUCGCGGCGCGAGGAGGCCGACUACUACCGGGUCCUGGCCACCUUCGGCGUGGAGCAGGACCCCAAGACGGGCAAGUACGACUGGUCCAACUUCCGCAAAGUGGCCAAGUUGGAACGGAAGUACGACCACCGCCUGCUGGAGUACUACCGACACUUCCGGGCCAUGUGCCUGAGAAAAUGCAAGAGGGAGGAGGAGGUACCGGAAGAAUUUGCCUCCCUACCUCCUCCGGACUUCACCAUCGAGGAGAUCUCGGAGGAGCGUGCCAACAAGGUGCUGCACCGCAUCGACCUGCUGCUCAAGAUCCGCAACGAGGUCCUCCCGCAUCCGGAGAUGGCGGCCCGCAUGCGGCACUGUCGCAAGAGCCUGGAGCUGCCUGACUGGUGGGAGCUGGGAGUACACGACCGGGAUUUGGUCAUUGGUGUGGCAAGAUACGGCAUCAACCGCAUGGAAUCUCAACAACAAAUGCUGGCCGAUCCCGAGCUGUCUUUCAAGGACCUCAAAGAGAAAUACCCCCUCAUGGUUCCAGUGCCUGUGCCUCUGCCUCCCCCCGUCAAGGCCUCGGCCGAACACGGGUCGCCCCAAAAGGGAGGCCAAAGAACUAGCAACGCCAGUCCCAGACCGGAGUACGAUGAGUUCAGAACUAGUGGGGAACCCUUGGCAGAGUCGCAGGGGGAAGGUGGCGACGAGAACUCUGAGAUGGUGAACGGUCCGGAGAGUGUUGCAAAUUCUCAGGAGGGGGCGGAGGUGAACAGCGAGGUGACGACUGAAGCAAAACAAGCAGAAUCGGACGAAUCUGGUAUCGAGGAUAGCGGAAACGACGAUACAGUUGUGGAGACUAGCCAGGAGAACGCGUCACUGACAAUAGAUGAGAGCGCCCUCGCAUCCUCGCAGGAAACGGGGACGACAGUGCGCGGUGACGAUUCCAAGGAAGACGGAGGAGAAGGAUCUCAGGAUAACGAUGAAAUGAGAACUGAGAGGGAGGAAGUCGGCGCAAUGGACGAACCUGACUGGGCAAUUGGUAAAUCGGCUGACUCCUCGAACAUUGAGAACCUGGAAAAUGAGGAUGAAAGAACUAGUCUCCAGAACAGCAGUCAAUCCGCAGACGGCAAAGAGGUCGACUUAGGCCAGGAUAUGGAAUGCGGUAGUCCGAGGUCAGCUGCGGCUGGUGAGGAGUCCAGCCAGGGUCAGGCGUCAGAGGCUGCCAGUGUGGCAACCAACAUGACGUACGCCUUCCUCAUGAAAUGGCCCAAGGACCGAGUCAUCGUGCACCGCUUGGAGAACAUCUGCCACUGCGUCUUGAAGAACUGCUGGCCCGGCCGGCGGAACCACCAGCAACACCAAGAAGCCAAGGCCCAGCUGGCUGCCCUGGCCAAGCAGCAGUACGACGCGGAUCAGCUGUCUCAGCUCCUACCAGGGGAGUUGCCCUGGGACCCGUCCUUCGUGGCCCCAGAGCACAACUAUGCCGGUAUGGCUGACGGGCUGCUGGCGCUGGUCCACCAGAGAAAACGCAAGAGGAAACGCAAGUUGGAGCCAGAUGCCCAUCUUCCUCCCACAGCUGACAAGACGGCGUCCGAGUCGCCCCUAGAUCUCUCCCAGGGCUCGUCCCGCUACCAGCACCAGCAGUCUGCUGAGACAGAUCUCAACCAGCCCAGCUUAAUAGACGGAGAGGGAGGCAGGCCAAGCCACCGGCCCCUGGAUCCCACACGGAGGCCCUCGGUUGACGAGAUCAGGCGCAGGAAGAAGAAAUCUUAUCUGAAGGUGAAGCUGAAGGCCAUGCACGGUGUAUCAGGAAUUAAAACUGAGGGUGAACACAUGCAUCCCGUCACCCAGAAGAGAAAGAAGAAAGUCAGACGCUUGAACCUGGCCAACUUCAACGACGAUGACCACGUUCCGGUAAUCAACCGCAAGACCGGGGCGAAGCUGUCUGGGGAAGCAGCGCCACUCAAGAAGCACCUGUUUCCAUGGUUGGAAGCCAACCCGGACUUUGCCAUCCAGCAUCAGGCGCACUGGUCUCUCACCGCUCCGGACAAUCCAGCCACAAACCUCACCGCCUCAGAGGACUCGCAAGAGGAGCUUCCAGGCAGCAGCAGCAGCACCGUCGCCCCCACCGUUGACUCCGCGACCCACGGCGAGCUGAAGCCCAAGCGGCGACGUCUGAGGAACCCGGCCAAGCUGGACCCGGCCAAGGUCAGCGCAGAGGAGAGGGUCGGGAUCAUCGAGGGGGAGAGCGGCCGCAAGCUGUCGGCCAAGCUGGUCCCCAUGCUCAAGAACCUGGCUGAGUGGCUGGAGAAGCAUCCUGGGUACUACGUGGCCUCGGAGUGGGCGGAGAUUGUCAGGUCAAAGGGUAUUCUACCAGCUGAGCUACACAGCCGGAUCAUGCCAUCACCUGCCAAAUCGGCCUCCCCUCUGAUCCAGCCCGCCCUGUACCCCUCAGUACUCACCGCCGCCGGCCACCCGUACCAACCAAACCACCUAGCAGCCUCCACGGACCUCAGCAACAAAGUCUCCAUGCAGAUAGGCCGCGGCACCCUAGGGGGGUUGGCCCUGUCGGGUUACCCCCAGACCUUGGGCUUAGGAGCUCUGCCCAUCGGGGUGGCUCCCAUAGCGAGCCUGGCCGGGCUGGAACCUCAAGUCCAACAGCCCAGGGGGAACUCCAAGGAGAAGACAAGAAAACGUAAGAGUGGAUCCCCUAGGAAGAUCCUAUCAGCCGACCAGCCUGUCAUGUCCAUCAGCAACCCUGGAACCCUGGCCGGGAUCUCUCCCUUCCUGCUCCCCAGUACGGCGGGGAUGUACUACUCCCCGUUCCUGGCGACGCAGGGCCUUGUCCCCACCAGCCUACCCCCAGAGUUGACUAACGUGAACGGGGCUGAGCAGAGCUCCAAGCCCCAGGAGGAGAAUGCAGGCCUUGAGGAGAAUGAGAUGGAGGGUGAGAAAGAUGAGGAGGAGGCAGCAACCGAGGUGAAAGCAGAUGGUGAGGAGAAUGAAUUGGGGGAUAGUGAUGUUGAAUAAGCCUUGUCCUUGUAGUGAAUUAUGCUGGUGACACAAGUGGUUUUGUCGCGGACCAUCCUAGGCCCACCGCGCUGGCUUGCCAACAAAGCAAAGGGGUUGCAGUCUUGAACAUCUUGAAUAAAAGUAAAGAUCACAUAAGCCAAAUCUCUGAAUGCCCCAUACUGUAGUAACUGCCUCUCAAUUGGCAGUACUUCAAAAUACCACAAUGCAAUAAAUAAACUCCUCCUCGAAAUAAAUCCGAGGGGUUAAAGGGCCCAUGCAAUGUAAUUUUUUAUGUUAUCCUUGAAAAUGCACCUUUGUGUCCCCUUUAACCUUAUUUUCAAUUUCCGUUUUGCCACUUUCAAGGGUACUUUGGCGCCUGUUUUGUUUGGAUGCUAAAUGCGAAUUUCCAUAUUCAUGAGCAAAACUGUGAUGUCAUCUCACCAGAAAGAUCGAUGUUACAUUAUUUCAGCACAAAAAGUUGCUGGCAUUUUGGAUAUUUCGCUGUCAUAAAUUUUCUUUUUUUUGGUGAUUCGUUGUUGUGUCAGUGCAUGGCAGUAAGCCAAUGAGCAACCCUUUUCUCACAUGUUUUCAGUGAGCAAAUUUUUGGGUUUACAAGUUCAACAGAAACACCCUAAACUGACCGGUGUCUCCCUGAAAUGUCAUCACAGCUACAGCGCCCUCAGUUGUCUGGAAAAGCUUGGAAAUGUUUUGUAAAAUUUUUUAAGAAUUGCACCUUUCAAUAAAAUUAACCAAAAAGGGAUGUCAGAUAGUUUUCACACAUUUAAGAGGAGUAAAAAGUUGCACAAAAUGCGUUCCUAAGAAAAUUUCAUUGUAUGGACCCUAUAAGGAGGAUUUUGCAGGAAUGGGGAAGGUAGGGUCUGGUAGGCACAUGCCGCUGCUGCUUAAUGUGGGGCAUGAUUCCCCUGAGAGCUUAAAGGUACAGUCCAUCAUUUGUAAUUUGUGCAUUUUGUUCGUUUGAAGCAACAAAAGUGCUCAAAAUCUAUAGAAGGGUGCUGAACAACUAACCUGAUGAAGUUUCAG